AGCAAACACAAACAGCUAUUCCGACAUCCACGCUUGGCACUCAAACUGGGUUCCACAUGCAAAGUAGGGAAAGCCAGACAGGCAUGAGCCUUCCCCCUUCCAGCUCCCUUCUGUUGACAUCAUCUGAACUGGUGUCAGCAACUUGGUGUCCAGAAGACAGCAACAUUGAAAGCGUGGAGGUCUCUGCAGGACAGGCUUCCCUGCAGCAUAUAGGUGCACCAGCAUUUGAGGAACUGAUGCCAACAGAUAUGCUUUACAUGCCUCUUUCGCCCGUCCACUGCUCCACCCCAGCUAGAGAAGAACUUGAUACAACCUUGGGAUCUACAUGCCAGCCUGAUCCGAAGGACGUGACGGUCCACUCAUCUGAAUUAACAGAGGGAUCAGAGACUGAAGAUGACGAAUAUGAGAAGGAACAUGAGGGACAUCAUUCUAAAUCCCAUGUGCAUCGAACGCUAAAUCCAGAGGAACGUCUCUUCCUGGUGGCGGAGUCAAGUCUGCGAGAGCUCCUGUCACAGUGUCCUUGUGGCAGCAGCGAUGCUGAAACAGACAUCUCAACAAGGGGCACAUGGCUGAGAGCAGCAACAGCUUGCAGCUGUGGGAAACUGCGUACAUGGUCCAGCCAGCCUUGGGUGGAAGACAGGCCACUCGGAAACAUUCUGCUCUGUAGUGCGAUUCUGUUUUCCGGCGUGAACAUAACCAAGGCAUUUCGUAUGUUUGCCAUGAUGAAGGUGCCAACACUGACUUUGUCGCAGUACUUCAGAACACAGAAACAGCACCUCUUUCCUGCCGUGAAUGAUGUCUUCCUGAGCAGACAAGCUGAGCUACUGGACCGGCUCCGCCCAGUGCCCCUGACCCUUGCGGGAGAUGGCAGAUGUGAUUCGCCAGGCCACACAGCCCUCUAUGGCACUUACACACUGCUUGAGACAGUUGCCAAUAGGAUCAUCCACUUUGAAUUGGUCAAGUCAACAGAAGUCUCAAGCAGCAAUGCCAUGGAGGUACAUGGUCUAAAGAACUGCCUUGCCUACCUUGAAGCACAUGACAUGGUUGUGGACACCAUAGUGACUGACCGCCACACUGCAAUAAACCGCUCCACAAAGCACCACGUUGUGAAGUUCUGGAUAGAGAGCCUUAUCCGACACAUAUACUGGUGUCCAAAGUACAGUGGGGAAAGUGGUGACCUUUGUCUGGCGAAGUGGGUAUCGGCAGUGAACCACAUUGUCGAUGUCCAUGAGCAUGACAACCCACUGUACCCAGUUUGUUAUCAUGGCCCAGUUUCAGAACCACGAGAAUGGCUCAAAGAAGAUAGUGAGACGUACGCAAAGGUCAAGGACAUCUUGACAGCACCCGCACUGCUCAGGGAUGUCCCUAUGCUUUCUACAAAACAACAGACAUAUGGCCUGGAGUCAUACCACAGUGUCCUGAACCACUUCGUUCCGAAAUCCUAUUCGUUUUCUGACGAGGGGAUGGUGGCCAGGACACAGUUGGCAAUACUCCAUUACAACGAGAAUGCUGACCGUGUGCAAGUGGAAAGAGAGGGCUCCAAGCAGUUCCGACUGAAGCCAUCCAAGCUGAAAAAGACGUGGGUGGCCGUACCCCUCAAAGAAAAUGCUACCUAUGAUUAUGCGGCAACACUGAUUGCAGAGGUUCUGACUCGCAUUCAAGAACACCAAACGCAGUCAGCAGCUGCAGAAACUCGGCCAGCUCGUUCAGCAACAUAUGGCGAGAAGCCAACUCUUAGGCAAGCUGUGGAACAACACCAAACACGGUUCCAGAAGGGAAAGUAG